AUGCAAAACCAACCGAACGGAGAUGGUACCAACACAAGAGGAACGGUUUCGAACGCUGUUGGUGAUCAACAACAACACACAGCUGGAGGGUUAAUGCCUCCUCCUGCUUCAACAAAUACUUCAUCAUCUAUUGGCACGGAUGGAACGGAGCAAAGAAUUCCGAGACGUCUUCUUAUGCAAGCUUUUAAAAGACCCGGAACAGAGUUUGUGCCACGAGAACGCCCUAGAGAAUCCUAUGAUGAUGUUUUAGCAAAGCACACAAUUGGAAAACGUUCAGGGCAGAGAUUGGUCUCUGUAGAUUCAGAUGAUCCUUUUAAAUUUUUUGAUGUUAACACUGCUCAAUUUAUGAAUCAAGCUCAAGCAAGAAAUGAUGAGCAAUCAGUAUUAUCAUUAUCAACAAUAACCAUUAAUGACAGUGACAGUGGUGUGAGUAUGAUCAGUUCAAAGACUGGAUACUCUGUUUUUUCAUCGAGUGAAGAAGAAAAGUCUCCUGAGAAAGCAGUUACAAGUUCAACACGACCUCAACAAGAAAUUGGAGAACCAAUGGAGGAAGUUACAUCAUCUUCUGAGGAUGGAGGAUCUGUAAAAGUCGAUACAUCUAAGGCCGCAGCAAAAUCAACUGUAACAAUUAGACCACAUGUAGAUACCCCAAGAAAACAACUUGAAAUUUCUAAAAUUACAACGACAGAGACCGAACAAGAUAAAUCAAUUCUAGAGGAUAUUAACAAGCUAAGAAGUCCGCCUAACACAAACACAUCUUCAGCACCAAUAACAGAUGACAUGGAAUUUGGAAAUGACAUUGGACUGGGCUUUGAGGAGGCUAUGGGAUUUGGAAGUGAGCAAGACGAAAUAAUAGAUGGAGACAUUUUUAGUUCUAAAAAGAAGAAGCCAAAAUAUUCCCAACAAGAACAAGAGGAUUCUCAAUUUUCCAGAAAGUCUCAUAUACAGUCACAGGAAGAGGAGGAAACUGAUGAACAACAAGAACAAGAAGAUGAACAAGAGCAAGACCAAGAGAAAGACCAAGAAGAUGAAAGAGAGAUGAGAAGAAUAGAAAAGGCUAGACGACAAAAAUCACAAUCAGAAUAUGAAGAAAAUACGUCGUAUGAUGCAACUCCAACACCUAGGUUCACUUUGCCCAGAAAUGAAGUGGAUAUGUAUCAAGAUGAAGCUGAUGACUUCUCACAAUCUGUAGAACAAUCAUUUAUUGCUGAAAAGUAUAUUCCAAGAGAAAAACUUGAUCUGCAUGAUGACGACUUAGAAGACGAUUUGGCUAACGAAGUCGAAGAAGAAAUGGAACGGGUAGAUCCAGAGUAUGAAGACACCCAAGUAGACCUAAAUGCUACCCAUGAUAACACAAUUCAUGAAGAUUUAGUGCCCACGCAACAAGAAAAAGUUGUUGUCCACGGAUCGAAGCAUGAUCUUACAAUAGAAAAUACGCGAGCAGAAAGGCUGAGACCUCGAGUCACAAAGCCUUGCAACUUUUGGGAAAAUGAGAGACCAAUCGCUGAAGAGACUGGUAAAUUGAGCAAGAUUAGACCUCUUGUUAAACAAGCACCACCAAAAAGGAAAGCACCAACAUCAUCCAACAAGAGGAGACAAACUUCAGACUCCUCUAUUAUUACUUUAAGAAAAGGAAUGUUUGAUGUUAUCAACGAAAAUGGUGAAGAAGAAAAGGUUCAAAUAGCUGCAACUCCUGAAAUGGGUCAGGAAACCAAUUUCAGGUUCAAAAAGGAUAAUUCUGCCAGUGGCUUCUCCACAGAGAUUCUUCCAGAUAACUCAACUGCUAAGCCUCACAUGACCAUGGUCAAUUUACUAGAUGGCAAGGGUAUUGUUUCAGGUACACUUACCAUUCAACCUGGCCAAGUGAAACCAAGCACAAACACUGGUACCCACUCUGAAACAUUUUAUUGCCUGAGUGGAAGCGUUUCUGUUAAAGUUCACACAAACACUCCUUUUGUACUAAAACGAGGUUGUGUACUGCAUGUUCCACCCCACAAUGCAUUUUCCAUAGGAAAUUUAGGGAAAACUCCAUGCAAGCUCUUCUUUGUGUUUUCGGCUACAGAAUACGAAGAGGAAGAAGAAGAUGCAAACCAAAGUCCUCAAGAAGAAAUGCAGCGAGAAGAAGAACAAGACGGACAACAAGAACCAAAUCACAAAACCAAUCCUCCCCCAACUGACAUUCUUGAUGAAAGUGUGUAG